AUGGAAACAAAGGGCGCGUGGGUACUUAGGCAGGCCGCGCUCACAGUCGCCAUCGUUGUGGGUUACCAUCUGCUGUACCGGUACUUUACGAAGCGCGAGAGUAACCCGGAUGAGCCAGCCAGCGGGACGCAGCGCGACGCCGCAGGUGGCGAGGUGCCAGAUGACUGCCCGGGCGUCGACACGCCGGAAGCGGGUACCAAAAGCGCAUGCCAGGGCUGUCCGAACCAAGCGAAGUGCGCCUCGGGCGAGCUGAAGAAUGAAAACGAAAAAAUGAUAGCAAGUGUCGCAGCGAACCUCGGCGAGGUCAAAAAGGUUGUGCUCGUCAUGUCGGGAAAAGGCGGCGUCGGCAAGAGCACCGUGUCCACGCAGCUUUCCUAUAUGCUCAGCGCACGUGGCCACCACGUGGGGCUGCUCGACAUCGACCUCACGGGACCCUCGGUGCCAGGCAUGACGAGCACCGAAAGUGCCGAGGUGUUUGAAAGCGCCCGUGGAUGGACACCCGUGUACGUGUCUGACAGGCUCUCAGUCAUUUCGAUCGGACACAUGCUCAGGAACACCAGGGAAUCUAUCAUUUGGCGCGGACCCAAAAAGGACAGCCUCAUCAAGCAGUUCCUCAUAGGAGUGGACUGGGGACGGCUGGACUACCUGGUGGUCGACUGCCCGCCGGGGUCCAGCGACGAACACAUCACCAUCUGCAACCUCCUUAAGGGCGUUGACACGCUGGCGGUGCUCGUCACGACCCCGCAACAGCGGUGCGUCGACGACGUGUACCGCUCGGCGGCCUUCUGCGAAAAGGCGGGCAUCAGAAUCGCAGCGUUAGUGCAAAACAUGACGCAGUCAGUCUUCGACAUCACCAAGCCCGAGGUUGUGGGCGAGCUCUGCCAGCGAUUUGGCAUUCGCAACGUGCUGUGCAUACCCUUGCGGCCGGACAUAGUGACGGCUGGCGAGGAGGGGAGGCCAAUGGAAGACUUCACGUGUAUAGAUCACCUAGAAAAGUUUAUACACGACGAUAAAUGA